AUGGGGGCCCUGCGGGCCUUGUUGGCGGAGCAAUCGCUCGGCUUGUUGCAGGCUCAGCAGAGUCAGAUGACUGCCUCGCUUCAAGCUGUUGAGGAGAGGCAAAGCACCAGGUUGGACAAGCUGGAACAGGCUGUGCAGGCACAAGGGGACAAGCACUCUGGUCUGGAAGAUCAGGUCAAAGCCCUGGCGGAACGCUUGGCGCGGGUGGAGGCACGUCCGCAGGUGGCUGCCGAUCCUGCACAUGGCGGGCCGAACCGACGCCUGACGCUUGUGUUCGGAGGAUGGGAACGUGAUACUCGUAAGGGGCUUCUGCUGGAACAGCUCAAGCAGGCGCUGGCGGCGUUGGGGCCUUCCCAGCAGCUGGACGCAGAGGCCUUCUGCACGGGGGCGCGCCGCUCCGUAGCCCUUUGUCCCUUCAAGCAGAGACCAGGUGAGGACCACAGCGGACCGAGGGACCGGAUGCUCCAUAUCGUUCAGGUGGUUAAUUCCAGCAAAGUCACUUUGGAGGGUGCUGCAAGACCUUUGUGGGCGACGUUUAGCAAAACUCCAGCAGAACGCGGUCGGGCGAGUUGGGCGACCAUCGUCAGGAAGGUGGUCCUGAGGUGCAGUCCAGCACGUCUUGGGGAUGUUGAGGUCGAAUAUCUCUCGGGGCGGUCGUGGAUAAGGGAUGACCAACUGUCGGGGAUGGGUGACCCUCCGGCUGAGCUCAAGAAUGCCAGGGUGAUCACUACCAGGGCUGGCCCCGGCUGGCUCGAUGAGCGGACUCUGGCUCGAUGGGUGGACGUCUCCGAAGGAUUGGCAACUGCAGACUUGUCGGGCUCGGGUCGUGGUAAGAGCUGUAUGGUGGCCGAGUCUGCUGUGAAGAAGCUCUCUAUCCUGGGCUGGAACGUCGGUGGUGCGGACCUUCAUGUGCUGCCUAAGGCAGUUCGAGAUUCUCUCUUUCGGCUUCUUGGAAAAGAUGAGCUCGUGUUGCUUCAGGAAGUGCCUCGGGAAGCGGAGGGAUGGAAUCAUAAGCAAGUCGCAGGCAGAAGGGUUGUUACGCAUCAGUCGUCGAGUCAGUGGCGAGGAACGGGCCUUUGGUAUGACGCUGGGGCAUGGUGUCUUCUCCGCAAAGUCUCUACAAACAAGGGGACAUGGUUCAAGCUUCGUCAUCUGGAGGAACGCAUGGAGCUCUGGGUGGGGACGGCUCAUUUCUCCCCGGGAGCGUCGGUGGCAAACUACGAACUUGAGGUUCAUGAUCAUUUUGCAGGCUUGCCUCGGGAUGCCUCGAGGGUUGUGUUCAAGGGCGAUGUGAAUACAGGAUUCUCGUGGGCGGCUGAAGGGGAUGAGGUCUCUGCAGUCGCCAGGGAAGGGAAGGGUAACAUUCUUCACAAAGUGUUGAUGGAGGCAGGGUUGGCAGUGGGAGUACCAGAACGAGAUCAGAUGCACACCCCGACUAGCAGACCCCGGCAGGAAGGCAAGCGAG